ACGCCCGCUUUCGCUUUCACUCCUAUGAAAACAGCCCGAUCCGCCCACUACAGUCGUAACGGCCGGUUUGCAGCUCAGAGCGAUGUGACCACCGCGCGCCUAGGGGGCGCUAUAGCGCCGGCGGGGGGUUCUUUCCGAGGCGCUCUCGUGUUGUUUUGCUGCAGCUUCCGUUUCACACAGCGAGGAGAGGAGGGCUCCAGGGGUCCCGCAGACAUGUCGCUGUAUGAUGACCUCGGUGUCGGUGCCAGCGACACCAAAACCGAAGGCUGGUCCAAGAACUUCAAGCUGCUGCAGUCCCAGCUCAAAGUCAAAAAGGCGGCUCUGACUCAGGCGAAGACUCAGCGUGUGAAGCAGACCACCGUCCUGGCACCGGUCAUUGAUCUGAAGAGGGGCGGCUCCAGCGAGGAGCGACAGAGUACAGACACCCCCCCGCAUGCCGCACUCAUGGAUGCGGUUCCCAGCGGUUUCUCCGCCGGGGACGUGCUGAUCCCGCUGGCGGACGAGUACGACCCCAUGUUUCCCAACGACUACGAGAAGGUGAUGAAGCGCCAUCGAGAGGAGCGCCAGCGUCAGAGGGAGCAGGAGCGGCAGAAGGAGAUCGAGGAGAGAGAAAAGAGGAGGAAAGACCGGCACGAAGGCGGAGCUCCGAGCGGUUUCUCCCGUUUCCCUGCAGCAGAGGAAGACUCGGAUGAAGAUGAAGAGUAUGAAAGAGAGCGAAGGAAACGAAGUAUGGGCGGAGCAGCCAUCGCACCUCCUUCAUCACUGGUGGACAGAGAUGGCUCCUCUUCCUUUUCAUAUGAAGAUGAGGGCCGGUCCUCCAGAGGCCCUAAAGUGGCCAUCCCUCCCCCUAUGUACGAGGACUCGGACCGGCCCCGCUCCCCCCCAGGACCCACCAGCUCUUUCCUGGCCAACAUGGGGGGUACGGUGGCCCAUAAGAUCAUGCAGAAGUACGGGUUCAAAGAAGGCCAAGGCCUGGGGAAGCACGAGCAGGGCCUGAGCACGGCGCUGUCCGUGGAGAAGACCAGCAAGAGGGGGGGGAAGAUCAUCAUAGGGGACGCUGCAGAGAAACCGGGCUCCAGCCAGGCGGGGGCAGCAGAGAUACCAGGCGGGGGCGCUGCAGCUGAUCCGUCCAAAAAGUCCGAGUCGAACCCUCUGACCGAGAUCCUGAAGAACCCAACCAAAGUGGUUCUGCUGCGGAACAUGGUGGGCCGAGGAGAGGUGGACGAAGACUUGGAAGGAGAGACGAAGGAGGAGUGCGAGAAAUACGGCAAAGUGGUUAAAUGUGUCAUAUUUGAGAUUGCAGACGUUCCGGACGACGAGGCGGUCCGGAUCUUCCUGGAGUUUGAGAGGGUGGAGUCAGCCAUCAAAGCCGUGGUGGAUCUGAACGGACGUUAUUUUGGCGGCAGAGUCGUCAAAGCCUGCUUCUACAACCUGGACAAGUUCCGGGUUCUGGAUCUGGGCGAGCAGGUCUGACCUGUCCCUGCGAUCGGCGCCGGCGUGAGCCGUCAUCAUCAUCAACCUGUACAUAAAACCUUUUUUAUAUUUCCUGAACCGCAGCGUCUGUGUGGUCAUGACUGUAAAGUGUGGUUUUUUUCUCCUGUCCUGUCAGAAUAAAAGCUUUACAGCA